UGUAGGCUGGGAAGUUGGCCAUGCUGAGGAGUUGGGGCUUGGGGGAAAAGAGCAGAGCAGAGAGAGUGAGGGGAGUUGGUUUCUCUUCAGAGACCUCCCUGUAGUAUUGUCCUUGAGGGCUAGGGGCUCAGCCAUGGUGUGGUUCCCAUCACAGAGGCUUUUCCCAGCUGUAAGGGGCAUGUGCAGCUUUUCAGCCUGCAAGUUCUGCUUCCUUCGAAAACUGUCCAUUGAGCCUGUUCAGCAGAAGAAGAUUCCAAAUCGGUACCUUGGCCAACCCAGCCCCUUCACACACCCACACCUGCUCAAACCAGGGGAAGUAACACCAGGGUUGUCACAAGUGGAAUACUCUCUCCGUAGACACAAGUUGAUGGCCCGGAUACAGCAAGAGGUGCCUGGGAUGGACCACACGGUGAUUCUGCUAUCCAAUCCUACGUACUACAUGAGCAAUGAUAUUCCAUACACCUUCCACCAGGACACUAAUUUCCUGUAUCUGUGUGGGUUCCAGGAGCCUGACAGCAUUUUAGUGCUGCAGAGCCUGCCUGGCAAACCGUUGCCAUCCCACAAAGCUCUGCUGUUUGUCCCUCGGAGGGACCCAAGUAGAGAACUAUGGGAUGGACCACGGUCUGGUACUGAUGGGGCAGUAGCUCUCACAGGUGUGGAUGAAGGAUAUACCAUAGAGGAGUUUAGACAUCUGGUGGCUAAAUUGAAAGAUGAGUCUACAGUGGUUUGGUAUGAUUUUGCCAAGCCAGUACAUCCACAGCUCCAUUCUGACUACCUUCUACACCUGGCUGAAGUCAAAGCUAGAAGCAAGAAUCGUAUUCGAGCCAUACGGCACCUAGUGCAAAGCCUACGGCUGGUCAAAUCCUCUGCAGAGAUUGAAAGAAUGAAGACUGCUGGAAAAGUCACAUCACAGGCAUUCAUAGAAACAAUGUUUGCCAGCAAAGCUCCAGUGGAUGAAGCAUUUCUGUAUGCUAAGUUUGAAUUUGAGUGUCGUGCUCGUGGUGCUGACAUUUUGGCUUAUCCCCCGGUGGUUGCUGGUGGCAACAGAUCCAAUACUUUGCAUUAUGUAAAAAACAACCAGCUCAUCAAGGAUGGAGAAAUGGUUUUACUGGAUGGGGGAUGCGAGUCUUCCUGUUACGUCAGUGACAUCACUCGCACAUGGCCCAUCAAUGGCAGAUUCACGGGUCCCCAGGCAGAGCUGUACCAGGCAGUACUAGAAGUGCAGAAAUCCUGCCUGAGGCUUUGCUCUCCUGGUGUAAGCCUAGAGAACAUAUACAGUUUCAUGCUGACCAUGAUUGGACAGAAGCUGAAAGAUCUGGGGAUCCUACAGAAGAGUGCCACUGAGAACCACCUCUUCAAGGCAAUUCGGAAAUACUGCCCACACCAUGUAGGCCAUUAUCUUGGAAUGGAUGUUCAUGACACACCCGACAUAUCCCGAUCAAUCCCCCUCCAGCCAGGCAUGGUGAUCACCAUCGAACCAGGUCUCUAUAUCUCGGAAGAUGAUACAAGUGCCCCCGAAAGAUUCCGUGGCAUUGGUGUACGCAUAGAAGAUGAUGUUGUAGUGACAGAGAACACACCACUGAUCCUCUCUGAAGAUUGUCCAAAGGAGAUAUAUGAUGUCGAACAAGUCUGUGGCUCUUGACCACUCAUCACUUCCUUUUUCAGGUACAGAUCAGGAAAUGUGCUCAUUAAGCAAAUGCCCAUUUAUAUUUUUACAUACAAGAGCUACAGGAUGUCAAGAUUGAUGGGUAGGAUUGUUGCUGGCAAAACAUUACUUGGAGGAAUCAUCUUAGACUGUAAGAACAUCAUAUAAAAAUGAAGAAAAUGUAUUUACUUACUUGGCAAGUAUUCUACUUUAUUGCUAAUGUUAAAGAAAUCAGAUGAAUAUGUAUUUCACCCUCCACUGGACAUUGUGCAUGUUUUGUAAUAAUCUUGUUCAUUGCUUGCUGUGGUCCAUGAGCCUUUCAGUUUCUCCUAUGGGGCACACUGGUAUGAAUUUCAGCUUUCAUGCAGAUGGCCUUUUAUUUUAAUUUAACAGAAGAAAAUGUUCUGUUCCCUUGAUGCAACUUAUAUUUUCAAGAUACCUCUGCAAAUGUUCUAGCUGAUGGAUGGAGAUUAUAAAGGAUUAUGAGACAAAACUUCUAUAAAUUGUUUCUUUUUUGUAGAUCAAGGAAGGCCUUUAGCAUUAAGGGGAUAUUAAAAUCAUUAAAUAAUAAUAAGUAUUAAAAUCAAGUGUUAUGGCGGAAAGCAUCUAACAGCCUGAUCCUAUGCAAAGUGAUGUCCAUGGUCCUAGGCUUGGGCAACUCUGCACACUCGUGUUUCUAAAUCACUAAUAGGCAGACAAAUAUCAUUAUGAUGUUUGUGAGCUAGUUUGAUGGGUCUAACAAGAUUCAGAAUGGUGUUUUGUUUAAGUGGAUUCCUCUUUUUUCUUGACUCUUCACAUCUAUAAGUUUUCUUCAACCACUUCGUUGAUGAAAGUGGAUGUGUUAGGGCUGCCUCUAACUUUACCUUUUGCAAUUGAGUGCAAGCAUCAGGAGCAAAAUAUUUGCAAAUGGAAUCUGUUGAAAAUGGCACGUUUUAAGUUGCAGUUUUUCUUGGCAAAAUACAUAAAAAUAGUUAUAAGGAAAAUAUUGGGCCCUAUUUCCAAAUAUUUUUCUGAGAAAUGUAGCAAGUUAAACUUACGUGAAGCAUGUUAUUUUGAAGUUUUUCUUAUUUUGAUGUAUUCCUAUCUAAAUACAAAAUAUAAAGUGAAGUAUGACCUUCAGACAAAUGUGCUCUUUCUGU